AUGAAUGAUAAUAUUGAGGACAAUGUUUAUAUUGAUGAACUAAAUCGUUUAAAAUUAAUUAAUGCUAAUGUAUCAGAAUCUUCACAAACAUUAAAAAAUGAAACAUCAGAAUUUGUUGUUAAAGUAGAUAAAUUUUUUGAAUCAGCAAAAUUUUUAAUUGAUUCAAUGAAAGAAUUAGGAAAAACUGUUGACUUAGCUAGACUUAAGGCACUUGAAACAAGAAAUGCCUUAAGAAACAGUGAUAAUGAAAAGUUAAAUGAACAACAACAACUGCGUAUAUUAAUACGCCAAAAACAAAUUGAAUUAGAAAGAUUAAAAGAUGAGGCUGAUAGUUUAAGACAAAUAGAAUCACAACAAAAAGAAUUAAAAGGAAAACUUCAAUCCUCUUUAUAA